AUAGAUCUUCUUGGAUGAAGUGGCUUUGGCUAGUGAAGUGAAUCGUGAAUCAGUCUUUUAAAGCUAUUUCAGUCAUUGGUUACUCAUUAAAGAUUGUAAUUUUUGAAUAACUACAAUAAAUUGUUGUUAAGUACUUACUGAAAACUAUUAAAAGCAAACAUAGGAGUUUUGAGAAACAAUGAAAUCUAGAAAUAACCAUCUAGAUACAUUUGGAAAAUAAAAAAAGAAAUUUGCAGUAGAGGAAAAUAAUAAUGUCGGAAGAGACGAUUGUUCGUGCGAGGCAAAAUUGUUGUCGAUUAUGCUUAGCACCAGACGAUGAAUGUGUUUCCAUUUAUGGAAAUUUACAUAUAUCUGAUAAGGAAUCAAUUUCAAAUAAAAUUCAUGCUUGCGUUAAUAUAAAGGUUACAAAAGAUGAUUCGCUUUCAACUAGAAUAUGUCAUAUAUGUAUUAGUUACUUAAAUUGUUGGCAGAGUUUCAAAAAUCGUUGUAUAAAUGCACAGAAAAAACAGGAAGAAUGGCUGGUAGGAGCAAACGUUACACUACAGAAAGAAAUUCGAGAUUUACGCGUAACACAUUACAACGACUCUUUUAAUAAUGGGAUGAAUUUAUCAAAUGAGAGACAAAAAAGUAUACCAGUUCAAAUUAAAGAAGAACCUUUAGAUGAAUGUGAAGAACAGAAAUUAGAUGAAGAUGAAUCUGUUAGAUGUGAUAUAGAUCCAACACAAUUCCUUGCCACAGAUGUAAUUGAAGAGGAAGAAUUAAAACGCUUAGCAGCAAAUAAAAACUUAACUAUUACAAAAAGCGGAGGAGAAAACGGUCCUCAAAUAUUAACUUCACUAGGAUUGCAAUCAAUUGGUAAUGAUAAUGUCAACCCAUUUGCCUUUUUGAGUGCAUCUCUAGGAGCUUCAUCAGAAAAUUUAAAUGAAUUCGGAUCUGAAUCUAAAGAAAAGGCACCUACAUCACCCGGUGCGCCAUCUCAAAAACCACAUGAUUGUCGUAUAUGUAAAAUGAAAUUUUCUACCAGAGCCAAUGCAAGACGCCAUGAGCGUAAUUUACAUGGUUUAAUUAAUGACACGUCUAUUCCACCUUUGUCCAUAUCGACGACUUCAAAUACAGUACAAAGCUCUACACCAAAAAAUAUUAGACGUAAAUCAAAUCCUAUUCCUUUAACUCCCGAAAUGAUGGGAAUAUAUGAAUAUGAUAAGCCCGAAAAAUAUAGACACAUGUUAACACCUCAAAAAUUGGCCUUCAUUGAAGAGUUUGAGGAAUUCUUGAAGCAAUAUCAAACCUUAACUUGCAAAUGUUGUUCAAAACUUUAUCCAAAAUAUAAAAAUUUUAUGGCACAUAUGAGAAAGAAAUAUCCAAAAUUACCUCGAGCUAGUUGCUUCAAAUGCUUGAAACAAUUUGAAUCCAAAGCAAUUUUUGUUUCACAUGUCAAAAGGCGAAAUUGUAUUAACUUAUACAAAUUGUAUACGAAUGACCCUACAAUUGAAAAAUACGAUAAAUCAGAUAAAAUGAAAGCAAAAGAGUUAUUAGUAAAUAAAUUUUACGAAUGUAAGUUAUGUCCAAAAGAAUUUCGUUUAAAAUUGGAAUUUAGAAAUCAUGUUCAUGAAGAUCAUGGAGAAAUAAUUCAGAAAAAAGAAUCUUCCCCGGACACAUGUGUCUUUUGCAGUUUAAAAAUUGAUGAUGCAAUCGAGCGCAAACGGCAUUAUAAUAAUAUGGAGUGCAUAUUAAAUAUUCGAUGUAGUACAUGUAACACUAAAUUUGAAAACCAUCAAACAUUUUUGGACCAUGUUUACAAAGAACAUGUACCUUUACAAGCAAAUAACAGCAAAGAUAGUAGACCUAGUAGCUUAUUAUCUGAUUUAAAAUAUUUAGAUGAUUGUGAAGAAAAAGUUGAAUCAUCUCCACAAAAAUCCAACGAAUCCACAACAUCAAAAGAAGUUGAAAGUGUUCCUCCAGUUAAAACACAAUUUCAUUCACGUAUGCCACAAAAUUGCAAAAUUUGUGGUGCAAGAUAUAAUAACUAUAAUAAUGUAUUAAGGCAUAUGGAAGCAAAACAUCCUGACCAGCUUCCGCAAACAUAUAAAUGUUCUUUAUGUUUUGUUGGUUUUCCCAGGUUAUCUAAUUUGAGGGAGCAUAUGUGGGAUGUUCAUAAUAAAAAGUUGGCAAAACCUAAACGGGAUGCUGAAAUUUACUGUAGAAUUUGCUUAGAGAAGUUCAGUGACAAGGAUAGUUGGGUAAAUCAUCAAACUGAACAGCAUGACAGAUAUAUAUGUUGUAUAUGCUUUUCUCAAUAUGAUGACGUUUUAGUUUUUAAAGAACAUAUAAAAAUUCAUACUAGUCUUUCAUAUACUAGACAACAAGGAACUACGCAAAACUCCUUCAAUAAUCCAAAAGAUUCAGCUAAAUAUACUGGUCGUUUUGAUUACGUAAUGAAAGAUCUAAUGUCAAUUACUAAUGGAAGUGGAGAUAAUAAAGACAAAAAUGAUUUGAGUGUGGAAGAACCUCCAAAUAAAAAACUUAAGUUAAAUGAUGAAUUUAAUCAAUCUAAUGAACUAAGUGUAUCCAAUAAAAUGGAAGGGGAUGAUAAGUUGAAACAAAAAGUUAAACAGUCAAGUUUUACAAAUUCUAAUGUAAAUAAUGAUAAGAAAGCAUUGACAAUCAAACAGUCGUCACUUCAUGAAUGCAAAAUUUGUCAUUCUGUUUUCAAUAGCAGUCAGGGUCUAUCAAAUCAUAUGAGAGCCCACAAUGCUCAAGAAAUGGCAAGGCGAGCAAGUUUAGGCCUACCCCCCACCAAAGUCGAGACAAAGUCGAAUGGAGCGGAAAAUGCUCAAAAGUUUAUAAAAAACAAUCAAGUUUUAGCUUUGGAACAUCGGUUUAGACGAAUGCGUUGUCGUUUAUGCCAAAAAAGAUUUUCAAGUAAAAAGGUUUAUAGACGCCAUAUGUUGGUUGAUCAUCACGUUCAGAACGUCCAAUUUAUUCACUGCGCUAUUUGCCGUGCUGAAUUUGCUCACGAAAAAGGUUUAAAAGUCCACAUGAUUAAAAUACAUGGAAAAAUCUUAAAAGAUAUUGGGGCAGAAAAUUUGCAAUAUGAGUGUGAUAUAUGUUCAAUCGUCUAUAAAAGUGAAGAAGAGUUGAUGUCUCAUAAACAGUCGGUUCAUAAUUUGGCUAUUAAUUUAAGUGGAACGGAAGAAGCUAAAUUAGUCGACAACAAUGCUAAUAAACACAGCGGCAACGUUUCUCAAAACAAUGAGAACAUUCAGUUUUGGUUUCAAUGUAGAUACUGCGCUAGUAAUUUUGAUAGCAAUAAGAAGCUUGCCAUACAUAUUAAUAUUCACGAUGAAGUUGAUUCAAGUGAUUACUCAUGCAAAGAUUGUGGUAAUGUUUAUAGUGGUCGCAAAAGUUUAUGGGUGCAUCGAUAUAAAAAGCAUCCAGUACUACCUUCUCCUUCUUUCUGUGAUACCUGCAACAAAAUGUUUUUUACAAAAGAACAUUUUGAAUUCCACAUGCAACAUUUGCAUAAAAUUCCUUUCAAUAAAAUUGCUGCUGAACAAAAUAAUUUAGUAGAUUCUAUUAAUUCAAAAGAAAUAGGAAUGAAUUCUGAAAUUCAUGUUGAAAAGAAAGAAAAUCAUAAGGAAAUAAUACAUGUGAGUGGUGAAGAUGUACAAACUGUUCAAGUACCUGUUACGCAAAUACCUCAAGUACCUUGUACUGUAUGCCAAAUCAAAUUUUCUGACGAGGAAGCUUUUAGCAAACACAUGAAAAUUCAUGAAGAGUCAUUUUAUACAGACAAUCCUUUGGCCGCGAUGUUUGACACAGAACCUGAAGACCCUGACCAGGUUCUACAAAAAAGAAUAAAUGAAAAUGGAGAGUUUGUUUGUGAUAUUUGUCCUAAAACAUUCCAACAACUAACAGCUUUAAAAGUUCAUCGUAAUUGGCAUUUUAGAAGUGAUGGAAAACAGACUCAAGCCGAUCCAAAUGUGUGGCAAUCUUUUGCAAAGAAGCGUAAAAGUUCUCCUUCGUUUGUGAAAUGUAAAUAUUGUUCUUCAACAUUCUCAUCAUCUAGCGACAUGAAAAGUCAUGUUUUAGAAUCGCAUAACGAAAUGCUUAAUAAAUCUCAAACUCUUCAAAAAGAAAAGCCUUUGGAGUGUAAAAAAUGUAAUCUAAAAUUUAAAACUCAAGACGAGUGGUUAGAUCAUAAAAUCUCUGAUGUCAAAAACGACUUUUCAUCAAAUAAACAAGAGUGGAGUUGUGAUAUUUGUGAAAAAAUAUUUAAUAGGAAAGACGAUUUGCUUCAACACAUACAUUCUCACAGAAGAGAUAACGAAUCAAAAAUAGAAACUUUAAGCAAAACGUUAAUUAAAACAGAGAAUUGCGAUGAGAAAUCUGAUACCGAAAUGGACACCCACGACUUAAAUGACAACAUGACUCUUAACGAAAACAAUAUGGAAUCAAUUUUAGGUAACAACGUCGAGAAUUUAGAAAGCAAAAGGGUUAAGGAAGAAGACUUUAGUAAAGAGCAAACGUCCGAUUCCAGCUCAUCCUCUGAUUCUGAUUCUGAAACAGAUGACGAUGAGCCGGACGAAGAUGAGGAGGAUAAUGAUUAUAAGUACGAUACGGAUGAUGAGGUUUCUGAUGACGACGUGAAUGAUGUAUCUGGCCCCCAUUCCUGUGAUUUAUGUCAAGAAACUUUCGACAAUGCAGAACAAUUGACAUCGCACGUGACAACGCAUUUCUAUGAAUUUGAAAAAUUGAAAACUAAAUUAGAACAUGAUGACAAAGUUAAAGAAAAAAGUAAUUCACCAAUUCAAAAAGAAGUGAAAACUUCUAAUGUGGAAAACGAAGUGGAAGUCAAAUUAGAAAAAGGAUCCCCGGAGGUUCAAAAAGAUAAAAAUAAUAUACAAUACCAAAGUAGAAAUGAAUAUCAUUUAGAGAACAAUAACGAGAAACCAAAACAAAUGCAAAAAUUGAUAAUUAAUCGAAAGAAUUUAACAAUAAAGAAAGAAUUCGCGGAAGAUCCCGAUGAAGAUGAUUCACGCCAAACGAGAGAAAGUACAGAUGAAAAUUUUAGCGAUGUUGAAGAAGAAGAUGAUGAAGAUGAUGAUUAUGAUCAUAAAUAUGUUACAUCUGCUCAACCAAUAACUGAAAGUUUGGAUGAAAGCAUUGUUUAUAGCAAUGACAGUAACCAAGAUUUGUCCAGUAAUAGUGAAGAUGUAGCCGAAGAUGAUAAUGAUGAAGAAUAUAUGGUUAAAGAGAAUAUUAAUGAACAAGUUAUCGGUGAAGAAAUUGUGCAUGAUGAUGACGCUGAAUAUCACGAAAAUAAUAUUACACAUUUAGAUUCAAAUGCAGAUUCUAACUCGGCGUUGGAUCACGAGAAGAAUGAAAUAAUAGAUGAAAGUAAUUUAAACCUUGAAAAUUAUGAACAUUUCAUGGACGAUGAAGAAGACGGUAAUGAAAAUCAGUUUGAGGAUGAAAAUUAAAUAUAAUAAAUUUUUAAUUUUUAAUUGUUGUGGAAAUGACAAUUGUAGAUACCGUUUAAAAUUAUGUUUUGAUUUACUUAGAUGUAUAGUUUUUUUGAAGUUUUGAAUUUAGUGCUUAAAACUAAUUGAGGACCUCUUUUCAUUUUAAUCUUAGUCACGAUAAGAUCUUAAACAUGCAGUCUUUUUCACUUCGAUUCUAAAAUUUUACAGAUUCAAUUUAAUUCAUAUGCUAUAUUUAAAAUUAUGUCCGAUAUGCUAUAGGUAGAAUUAAUUUUAAUACUUAAAUUAUAAAAAAAAAUAUAUAGGAAAAACAACAAAUAAAAAUAUAAAGUACUUAAAUGUUGUUACUAAAAAAACAGAAAAUACAAAUAAAAGCAUAUUUUUUACAAUGAUUAAAAAUAAAUGUUUUGAAAGAACAUUGAAAUGUUGGGCGCUACUGGUUAAAUUGGAAAUAUAAACACAUAUAUACAUAAUAUUAAUUUAUUUAUUACAAUAAAAUUUAUUUGAAUGACAUUAUUAAAGUAAAUUUGGCUCAGUUUCACAAGAACUCUAAUAUGUAAAAAUUUAGGAUAAAAACAGUAUUUUACCAUGGGUCCAUAAUAUGUUUAAUUUAUUUAUUUUUGAGUUAGGAAAAUGUUAACAAAAAAGAUUUAACUGAUUUCCAAAUGAAUUGGAAUUUUACAGCUUGGAUUUAAUAAAAGAAUGCUUAAUAUUCUUUUACCAAUUUGAUUAGAAAAUUCAUCAAUAAUCAAAUUAAUAGAAUAUUGAUUCAAUGAACUUUUUUGUAAUUUUUUUUCCAUUUUCAUUUUC